ACUGCUCCACAACUGGCAGAAAAAAAAGAAAAAAAACUCAGACAUGGAUGACCCACUCACAAAAUGGCUCCACUUACACAGUAACAUCAACAACACGACUGGAACGGACCUAGUGGACUCGAGCGAGUGGUGACCGUAUAAAAAUGAUGGAAAAACGGCAGCCGGAGCUUCGUCCUGGAAGUCCCGAUGAAGAGUCCGGUCCUGAAAAGCGAGAGGACUCCUCCAUCAUCUCCAGACUGAACGGAUGCAAGGAGGAAGAGGAGCCGAGGAGAGAGGAGGGGGAGAAGGGGAGGGGAGGGAGCUUCAAGGGGGUUGAGGAGAGGGAUGACGUUCCUCUGCAGAACUCGAGCAACGGGACCAGCAUCAGCAUCAUCAUCAACGGCGUUGCCAAGGAAACUGCCUCUCACAACGCCCUUGACCUGAAAAGGGAAGUGCCGGUGAUCGAGCUCUCCAGGAGGGACGCUAUAAAAGUGGUGGAGCAGAGGACAGAAAGCCAUUUGGUGCCGAUCACGGAACUUCGCAGACCUCCACCGCUGCCGCUGCCGCCGCCGCAACGAGACGACGCUCGAAUGGUCCAACUGAGCCCAAACGCGUUUCCUGUCCCGGCCCGGGCCAUGCUCUACAACCUGGCGCAGCCUCUCGCCGCCAUCAACAGUCUCGGAGAGGAGUCGGAGCAGUACAGCAUGUACCCCAGCAACAGGGUAAAGCGCCGCCAGGCGCCUUAUGAGGUUGAACUCGACGAGGCUGGCCAGCCAAAGAUCGUACGUCGUAUCUUCACGAACAGUCGGGAACGUUGGCGGCAGCAGAACGUAAACGGGGCAUUUUCGGAGCUUCGCAAACUCAUCCCCACUCACCCCCCAGACAAGAAGCUGAGCAAGAAUGAGAUCCUGCGGCUUGCCAUGAAGUACAUUAGCUUCCUCUCCAACCUCCUGGAGGACCAGGACGGCGGGAGGAAUGUUGGCAGCACAACUGACGGGGAAACAGGGCUGCUGGUUGGAGUUGGGGCCCACGAGGGCGGCCCUCAGGGCGGUCCACAUCAGGACACAGUGGUUGGCUUGGCCAGGGACGAUCUUCUGGAGACCAUGUCACCAGGUUCCAGUUGUGGAAGCCUGCCUGACGGCGAUGCCGAGGGCAGUCCUGAGAGCUUUAUGGAGGACCAGGACUCGCCUCCAGCUCCAAGGACUCUAACGGCUUCACGUGGGCCCGCGCUGCAUCUAGCUGCUAGAGAUCUGAGGCGCAAUGGCCGCCCUUUAGAUGGCUCCAGUCGCCGAUGAUGCUGAUGCUGAUGCCAACAGACCACAGACACAACACCUGAGACUGAAAUGAGAGGGACUAAGAAAGAGGUGUCUAUGCUCAGGACCUGUUAGCUUUGAGCUGUCAGUGUAGGAAAGAGAAUCAAGCACCAACUAGUGAGAUAGUGGUGUAUGAUCCUGUCUCCACCCUACACCUGAGGGAGCACUGAUAAAUCGCUUGCUUUGAUUGGUGAUUGUUUGAAUUUGAUCCAACAAAAGACUUGUAAAUUCUGCAUAUCUCAUGUCUUUGACUGACCUGCGGUUUAUAACCGUCCGUGUUUUUAAAAGUCCAAAGACAGGAUAUUCUAAAAUUUAAAAAAAACAGAAAAAGAAAGAAAGAACAAGCAAAAAAAAAACCCAAAUCAAACAAAAGAGACACUUUUUUGAUUUGUAAUAUUGAAGUUUGGGCCAAUGCUUCAAUUAUGAUACUAUUGAUUACAAUAUAAUGCGGCCAGCCCUGGAGAUUUAUGCCCAACGAAUAUAAUGUGUUAGAAUAAUGACACAAGAUUAAGUUUGCCUCAGUUGGAGGCCGUAAAUGAACCGACUGGACUCUAUUGUACCCAUGCAGUAACGUAUGUAUUGUAAAUAGCAUUAUAUUUCCACGGCACAAUGUAACAACAGUGGCUCGAGUUCAAGUCAUGUGGUUUAAGAUGUACUAUAGUGUGUUUGUCAAUUGGUUUACUAGCAAAAUGGUCUUUUGGGAGACAUGAAACAAAAAAGAAGAGAGACUGAACGCGAAGAACUCAAAAUGUAAAGCAACAACUGAACGUAGUACAUCAAAUGUGGUACCAUUUCCUUCUGUUACACUUUGGUGAUGAGAAAAUGACACCAAAUACGACGACAGACAGUUAAACAUUUUCACUGCCGGGAAUUAAUAUAUCUAUUUGAUUUUGCGGAGGUACAAGACAUGCAGUGUUUUUUAAAGUGUACAAAAUAUGAGUCAUAUGAUAUUAUGAAAUGACUCAUGCAGUCAUUUUGAUAUGAAUGUUUCAGUGUUUUUUUUUUAAAACUGUAAUGCAGUUGUAGUUUAGUAAGGUACACAAAUAAAUCCCUUCAUUGCCGCAUACAUAUACAGACACAUGCACAGAGACACGAACACACACGCACACAUACAGUGUUAAUAUCAUAACAACACCAGCAGUUUUCUGAUUAAUACAGUUAAGGUUUGCUCACUGUUGUUGGUUAUUCUGCUUUUUCAGCAGGACCUAGUAGCCUAUAUUGGUACCUUUGGUAACUAUGGUAUUUUAUGAAUUGCAGUAAAGGGACAUUGUACGUUUGGUAAUGACAUAUUUGUUGUAUGAUAGCUGUAUCUAUAAAUAUAUCCAAUGUUAAAUCGAUGAAUUUUAUACAAAACCCCUGAAUAAAACAUGCAGAGGAAAA